AUUCACGUAUCAUGAAUGAAUGUUAUCAAAAAUGAGUAAUCAGUCGCGGGAGGUCGAUAGAUUAAAAUGUAUAUAAAUCAAACUUCAAGCUACUGAGGAUAACCAGUAUCUCAGCCGAUUGAUAGGUAUCUGGCGUCCAGCAUGAACCGAUCAAGCCAAGCUGAAGAUUUGCUGACUAUUUUCUACGCUGAUGAUGCAGAAGCAAUAUGCUCGCACAUCAAAACAUAUUUCGAGGAGGGACGAUUCCGUGUGCAAGUCUCCACGGUGAACAUUAAUAGCGACCACGGCACACUAUGCACUGUUCCUUGUAGUCUGGGAUUGGUUUUACUCAGCCCGGAAAUGUUACACGAUCUACAAAGAAAACCAAAUAAUUACCUCAAAAGUGCCAGCGCACAAUGCACAAAGCGAGCCUUUCUGUGUCAUGACAGUAUUGAUCUAUGUGACCGGGCCACUGAGAAAAUUCUUGAGAAUUCAUGUUCUGAUGUGACACUUUGGAAUAAAAUCUCUCUUGGAAAUGCUAGUGAGGAUUUUAAAAUAGCUCUUCUAAACAUAAUGCAAUUGAUGGAAUCUACCCCGAGUGCUAAUCCAGUUUUACUUACGUACAAAAUAAAUCCAAAAAAGAUUUCAUCGGCCAAAGAGCAUAUCGUUGUUAUUUUCAAAAAAGAAGUAUCAAAAGGGGAUGUUUUCGUUCAUCUGCAUAGAAAUAACUUUCAAAAGAAAAUAAAAUGUACAGAACUAAAUGCUUUAACCUACACAUUUAAACCAGAAGGAAUGCCUGAGGGAGAAAUUACCAUGGAAAUCUUUACAAACAACAUUUCACUUGGCAAGACAAAGUUCAACAUAUGCAACAAGAUGGACAACUUCUCGUCCUUAGUGUCCGACUUAGUCAAUCCUCUUGAGUUCUUCCUUCAGGCCCUAUAUUGUGACGACACGGACUCACUUGAUCGUGAAUUGGUCGAUAUCUUAACAAACGGGUCGAUGGGUAACAAUCCUCUCGCUGGGUUAGAGGCUGUGGAUUUCAGGGACAGCAUAUGGGCAAAGAAAUCAUCAAGAGAGUAUCCAACCUUGCUUCAUAUUGCUGCAAAGCUUGGUUUAAAGCAGUUUUGCUCUACUUUGAAAAAAUUUCCGGGAUACCAGGCUGCCGUUGGUAUAAAAAACAAACACAAUAAAACAGCCAGCCAAAUAGCUUUGCAUGCAGGACACACGGAUCUAGCCUCAAACAUCCAACCACCAGAGAACUUUGCCAUGUUCCAAGACAAAGAUGUUCAAAAUGGUGAUUCUGGUGGAUACAUGAGAAUGAACCAAGUUACAACAGUGUUGUACAGGCGGGAAAGUACAUGUACCCCUCCACCGCUACCACGAAGAUCAUCGGAAUCGGAAGAAGUUGUCCUAAGACAAUCUCGAAACAGUCAAAGAGAUAAUACUGAAAGUGGAGCAAGCAAUAUCAGUGAUUCUUCGUUAGAGGACCCAUUCUUUAAUCCGAGACAGAUGACAUCACGGAUGACACAAAUUUUGGAGGAUAACAUUAUCUAUUGUGGAAAUUUGACAACAAAACUUUAGAUAAGACUGGUUCUUCAAUGAAGAGCCAAAGGGUGAAUAUUUACAUGGAGAGCAGACCAGGAUUACUGUUACACGGAUAUAUUAUAACAUAUUAAUUAAUCAAGGACUGUAUAAUUAUUUGUAUGAAUAUGUAAUACAAUUUUAUGUUGAUAGUUUUCCUUUAUUUGAUCUGAGAGAAUGUAUUAUGAGAUUAUCAAUAAGUAACCUUGUACAUAAAUGUUUUCAACUAAUGAAUAUUAAGAACAGAAAUAUAUACUGAA